AUGAGUGUGAGGCGGCGGCGGCCCCAGAGGAGUCCGGGCCAAGACCACAGCAGGACCAGUACCCCUUCUCCAUCCCCGUCAAGGAGCAGUUCCAUUUCGUCGCUGUCAUCAAGCUCAUCACCCUCCAUUCAGGCACUCCGUUGCCCCCCUCAAGGCACAGAGUCGGAACGCAAACUGAAACUUGCCACCAUCCACAAGGCCCUGACAGCUGACCCUGUGGACGUGGCCGCGCUACGUAAGCUUGCCAUCAGUAAAGGGGGUCUACUGACUGAUGAUGUGCGCAGGAAGGCGUGGCCCAAACUCCUCAAUGUCAACCUGUUCGAUGUCCCUUACAAAAAAGGAGUAAAACUAGAAUCCCACAGAGACUAUCACCAAGUUGUGCUGGACGUGAACAGGUCACUCAAGCGAUUUCCAAAAGGCAUGCGAGAUGAUCAGAGGGAGGCAUUACAAGGCCAGCUGGUUGAUGUUAUCGUCAGGGUCCUCAUGGAGAAUGAGCAGCUACAUUACUAUCAGGGUUAUCACGAUAUAUGUGUGACGUUUCUCUUGGUUGUCGGGAAAGAGGCUGCAUUUGCACUCGUUCACAAACUGUCUACGCAUCACUUAAGAGACUUCAUGGAUUCCACCAUGGAUCGCACCAGACACAUGCUGAAUUACCUACUGCCAAUCAUCAAGAAAGCUAAUGUGGAGCUGUAUGACUUCAUGGAGAGGUCAGAAGUGGGUACUGUCUUUGCCCUAGCGUGGCUCAUCACCUGGUACGGCCAUGUACUGAAUGACUUCCGUAGUGUGGUGCGACUCUAUGAUUUCUUCCUUGCCUGCCACCCACUCAUGCCUGUUUACUUAGCAGCUGCAAUCGUACUAUAUCGUCAGGAGGAGGUGCUGGCCUGUGAGUGCGACAUGGCUUUCGUCCACAGCCUCCUGUCCAAGAUCCCCGGUAACCUGCCCAUGGAGUACCUGGUCAGCCAGGCAGGGGACCUGUUUGUGCAAUAUCCGCCGGCUGAAAUGGCCAAAGAAGCCAGGCUACAAUACAAACUAAGCACCAGUAUGUCCAAGCACCCCGACUUUGAACUGGAGACCCUGUACCAGCGACCGGACAAGGUACUGCAGCACAUGUCCUCUAGAAUCAACGGGGCAGCAGGCACGCCAACGACGACAGACUCGCAGACGGGUAGCCGCAGCAGCGGCGUCAUCAAACUGGCUGUCUGGGCGAUCUCGGCGGGGAUCGGUGCGGCCGCGCUUGCCGUGCUGAACACUGCGGGAGAGUACUGGUGACGUCUGCGCUUGUAGGAACACCCUACGAACCCGAACAGUCCAGGACCCUUCAAAUCCAUCAAAGUCUAAGAAGGUUAUUUGUGGAGGAUUGUGAGGGCAGUGCAGCUCAGAGUUUAAGUACAAAUACUAAGUCGUUGUUGCUUUCCUUUAUAGUGGUGGAUUUGGGAAAGUGCGUCAAGCUUUCUGACAAAGGUUCUGCAGAAGUUGGGCAUUUGACGGGCAUUUUGACAGGCAUGUGUACACAAAGUUCAGCCAGCGUGCAAGUGUGCAGGAUGGCAAACCACUCACUCCCUUAGCAUGUGAGUGCUAUUAACAACUAAGUCCAUCUGAAAACUUAUUUAAAAGAAACCUUCUUGUUCAGAAAAAAUUAAUAGCUAAGAAUAUAGAAAUUGAGACAGUCUGCUGGAGAUUUUGGAGGAUGAAGCUUUGCGGAUGAAUCUGGACUAGAUUAAAGUUGUGGGACACAUGCGAAGAACAAACCAAAUGAGCAAAAUGUAAGCCGUGUGACAGGGUCAUUAUUCAGUGAGGUUCACUUUGACUAAAACCAGGUGUGCCAAACUGUGUAUGGACAGCUGUGCGUUGUACAUACAUGUAGCAAGGGUGCCCUCUUUUGGCUAAAAAAUACAUCAUAUAUGAGGCAUGAACAAUUACAGAUUCUGUAUCAAUAUACGUAGUAGUGAUGCAAAUUACAUAUAUGUGACUCAAAAUUGUCUUAAAGAUAAUGGGGACUGGUCAUUUUUCACAUUGGGGUCAAACAAAGAAAAAUUGAGAAAAAUAAAUUAUUCCACUUUUGCUAUUAAAUCGCUGAUUUUGGGCGCAGUGUAAAACGUGACUUGCCAACUUUUGAAUAUGAAAAUCGAAGCUCCUAGAAUAUUGUUUUCUCGGAAUAUACAGCAUUCACUGAGCUAACAGUUCAUCAGGUUAGUUGUUCAGCACCCUUCUUUAGAUUUUGAGCACGUUUGUUGCUUUAAACGAAAGAAAUGCACAACUGACAAAUGAUAUACUCUACCUUUAAAAAAUUAUUGGUUUCUGCACAUCAAACUGAGUAUAAUAAUGUGUAAAUGUAAGAGUAAGUUGCGUAUGACCUGUGUGAGUAAGCUGCUCUGGUGACUUCUUUCCAACUUGAGUACAGGGUGAGUAAAAUAAAAAACGAAACCCAAAUGUUGGGACCAUUGUUUGAGGGAAGUUCUGCAUGUAGCACUUUCAAAAUCUAG